CAUUAACACUAAUUAAAAAAAUGCUGGCGUCAAACGUAACGUCGGCCAUGUUGUAUUAGGCCAGUUUUUGACCAGUGUUCGCUUUAAAUUAUAUUCUUAUAUUUUUGAUGGAUGUGUAUAUUAUAUAGUGAGAGGAUUUUGUGAUGAAGGCAACGAAAUUGUACCCCAAGCAGCGUACCGCUCGCCCAGAACACUCCCCGAGGUCCGCCGUCGACCAGACCUUCAGCUCGCCCGAGCUGCCCGGCGACAGGAACAAGUUCAGGAGCAAGUCACGAGUCGAGGCCUUCGGGAAAACUACCUUCGACGUACAAUCUGCUUCGGAGUCACAGUUGCUUAACCGAGAAAAUGAACCAGCGUCUAAUUCUUCACGGUUAGAGCAUAUUCCGGGGAAAGGUGAUCAAAACGUCAGUCCUGUCGCUUCCGACAUCAUGGACCGCAUCAGUCCAGUGCAGGAGACCAGCAGGAAGUGCACCAGAAUGUGCGCUCACAGAGACCCUAGCGACACAGUGAGGGGGCCGUGCAAACCAGAGCGGGGCAAAUGCUGCAGCAGGCAAACAGCGCCUCGAAAAACAAGAGCAUGUUCCCCCUCACUGCUAGAUUCGGACGAAGCUGUGUCGCGUCAAAUAAGGGACAUCCACAAUGAUACCAGGAAGAGCGCCAGGAUCAUCAGGGACUCGAGGGCCAGACUACUCGAAAUACAAAAGAAAUGUACAAUAACGGAGGCGGAUGUAAAAGAGCUGGGUGAGAGGAACGAGCUGCUGCUGCGGGAGAUGGAGCGGUUCGACCGGAUGACCAGGAACAUCCAGAAGCUGGUGGGCAACGACAUCCAGCUGAGGAGGACCAAAACUGAACCUCAGCGGUGCAUGGACUACGUGCCCGGCAGUGUGUAUGAACCACCUCUGCACCACGAGAUGAAAAUGAGUCACCCGACGGUGCUGCUGGCGGCGCCGCGCGCCAUGGCCGGCCCAGCGCUGGGCCCGUGCGAGACACAGACGCGCAGCAAAUCCGAGAUUGACCUGACUCGCAAGCUAAGCGAGAGCUACGACAUGCAGGAGAAACUUGCCGCUGAUAAUGCCGAUUUAGAAGUCAAGAGGUAUAUAUUGUACAAGGAGCUUAUGACCAAAGACCAGAAUUUGGAGACCUGCAGAGCGCAAGUGAAGAGGCUGCAGGGGGAGUUGAAGCUUAUGAGCAGAGAGAACAGUCUGCUUCAUGAGAAACUGGUUAAGAAUAAUCCAGAGGGAGAUGCUUCUACGCUAAAUCAGAAUACCAGUUGCCAACAAGAUUCUAGUGAAGAAAACGAAAAGUCUGUCGAUGCUACCCAUGCGGAGGAACUGCUCAUCAAAUUAGAAGACUACAAGAAUUCAUCCGAAGGAUUAGAAAAGCAGUUAGGUGGACUGGAGCAGGAAGUCCAUCACAUAAAGAUGGAGAUGCAACAAGUAAAGGCGUGUCGGGGCGGCGGCGGGGCCCCCAACUCUUGCUUCGAUCAACCGCCGGGGCCACCAGUGCCCCCCAUGGCAAGAGCUUGUGGUGUCUGCCCACCGUGUCCGGCGCCUUGCAACCCUAACGCACCACCGACUCCAGCUGAGAGGGAAGUGGAGAAACUUAAAAUUCAACUGCGACAGACCGAAGAAAGCUUCAAAACAAAAGUGACCGAGUGCGCCUUGCUUCGAGCUGAACUACUAAAAAAGAAAGAAGAGUUGGAGAAGGAGAGAUGUCAACAUCGCGAGGUCCAGAACAAGAUGAGAGAGUUGGAAAUGAAGUUCGAAGGACUAGCGACCCACACGAACAUGUUGCUGGGGACCAAGGAGCAGGCCUUCGAGCAAGAGGUGAACGUGCGCGCCCUGAAGCAGUGCUACAGGGAGGCCAGGGAGGAGAUCGACGAGCUCAGGACUCUGAUGAAGGAGCAGAACGAUCAGUUGCAGGACUACAGGGUCAAAUACAUGCAAGCCCAGCAACUGGUGGAGGAGCAGCGGCGUCAGAUGGACAUGAUGGACAUGGACAAUACCAGGAUCAGUGAGCAGAUCAAUCUGGAGAUACAAAAAGUCAAGUUGAAGUUCCAAGAAAAGUUACAAGAGCUGGCGCCGAUACCCGACCUUCUGAAAGCGACGCAGAUGCGUCUCAAGGAUGCGCAGCAAGCGCAGGCCCUCGCCGAGCACAACGCGGAGCAACUCGCCAGGGAACUCAACUGCGCCAGGGAGAAGGUUCACAUACUGUUACACAACAGUAUAAAGCCACCACCAGAAAGGUCCCAGGACAAGGCCGCUGAUGACAAACAAAUGGCCAUGAUGCAGCAGAGAUUGGCGCAGAUUACUGAGACCAACAUGGCGCUCAAGGGCGAGAUCGAGAGGCUUAAAGCGAACGUGAUUCACAUGGAAGAGUCAGUGCUAGCAAAUGAGAAGCGUCUGCAGGAGAAGAUGCACGAGUGUGCGCAGAUAGGAGGCGAGCUGGACCGCGCCCGCGACGAGGCGGCGCGCGCUCUGCAGCGAGCCAACGAGCGCACGGAGACCAUUCGCAAGUGUAUGCAGACCACGAUAGCUGAAAUGGAGCGACAGCUGGCAGCCACCCGAGCUCAAGUAAAGACAGCUGAAAAAGAUCGCGAGGAAUUACAAUCUCGAAUGCAGUGCCAGAUCAGACGACUGAAUGACAACUUUGAACAAGCGCAGCUUCGCAUACUCGGACUCCAGUCACAAGUCCAAACCCUCAGGCGGACGGUGUCCAGCACCGGCGAGGGUGACGGCGAGGAUCAACAGGAGUGUGCCUGUAAAAGCAUGUUUGAAUAAUUUUUGAGGGUACUGAGUAACCAACGAGAAGCUAAGUCUGAAGUAUUUAGUCUGUGAUAUCUUGGCUGUGUGGUGUUCUAAUGGACAACACCAAGUCAAGAGAUUAGUAAAACGAUUGGUGUGGGGUUCCUUUCAAUGUCUCCCGUUAUAUUACUAACUAUACUUUGAGUUUAAUGCUAUUUUAUACAUAGGUGAGCAUUUUUAAUACAUCGAAGUAGUCCUAAUAACGAAAGGCGUUUUAGCGCCAGCUCAAUACGACAUGGCACGGCAGAUUGCGCUGCAGCAUUCCACCGAAUGUCGCGGCACGCUGUGAGAUGCUGUGGAUUCUGCUGAAAGCCCAGCCACUCUGCCAUUAUUGCCGUUGCUUAGCCAUCAUAAUUUCUGGACACAAAGUGACCCAUACAUCUCGCGAGCGAGAUGCAAUGGCGUGCUGCGGCAACCCGUGGAAUGAAACGGCAUCCCGCGGUAUGCUGGGGCGCGUCGCCGUCGCGGCAUCGUGCGAGGUAUCGGAAUAAAGUAACGUGAACUCUAAAGUCAUUAAAAUCAGAUUAAAUAAUAACUUGAUUAGUAUUUAUAAAAUUUUGUCCAUGCCAUGCAGUGCCCGUGCGAUGCCGUGCCGGAGUAUGCCUUUAAAGAUAGUUGAAUUUGUGAGAGUUCGUCACAAGUUCCAGACGACACCACGUAGUACCUACAUGUCGGGUCUCCGUAUGGUUGUAGUAAAUAUUGUUUUCUAGUCAUUUGUUAUUUACCUUUGUGUCUGGUUGAUAGAAACUGCCUUCUGCAGGUGAUGAUGUGUUCGAAAAUCGCGUGAUCUUUAUGGAACAUGUCGAUCCUUACUACCAAACGAAGGCCCACACCCAAAAAGGAAGAUUAAAAAACGUGACAAAGGAAUAAACAAUGUUUAGCUUUUAAUUUUGUGGAUUUGGAAGGGACCUUAGACUAUUCGUAUUUAUUGUAUUGUUAGUUCCUGGCAUUGCCAAUGGUCUUAGUACAAUGUAGAAUCUUUUGCUGCAUCAUUUAUUGUGUAGGUGAUAGUGAUAGCUGGACCCGUUCUGUCCCAAAAUUAAUACGUAAAACAAAUAAACAUCGGACAAAUUA